AUGACUACAAAAAUAGUACCCAUAGAAGAAAAACCUACAACUGAAGCAGCUACAUCACACGAAAAUACUUUCGACUGGAAAGAAACUCAUCAUAUGAUGCCAGAAACGACCACCGAAAAUGAGCCAGAUGUUAAUUUCUCUCACAUUUUCGGCCACACAAAUAACAAUCAAGAACAAUCUGAAACCACCAAACCUGACUCGAGUGAAGAACAUCCAACACCUGAGCCAGAACCUAAAGCUGAGCCUGAACCCAAACCAGAGCCGGAACCUAAACUUGAGCCAGAACCUAAACCUGAACCUGAGCCGACCGCAGAGCCUGAACCAUCAGCAGAGCCUGAACCAGCAGCAGAGCCUGAACCUCAUACGACUGUCGAACCAACACCUGAACCAACCGCUACAGCAGAGCCAGAACCGGAGGCUAAAGCCGAACCAGAACCGACCGUAGAACCAGAGCCGUCCGUGAAAUUUGGACUAGAAUCAGAACCAACACUUAAACCGGAACUUGACUCUGAAACAGAAUCAGAAACUGAACCGAAGUCUCAGACUGAACCGUCUGCUGAACCAAAACAAGAAUCAGACCCAGAAUCCGAACCUGAACCUGAACCCGAGCCCGGUACCACCACAAAUGCUCCGGAACCUGUUGCAUUAAAUCCUGCCUUCAUAGUACGAGAAAAACAACGAACAAUGUCCACUCCUGAGCCAGAACCAACAUCUGAACCCGAACCAUCACAAACAACUACGCCAAAGACUUCGGAAAUCAAUCACACUCUAGAUACAUUCAUAACCCAUAUGCAUGAAAUAAGUUUUGAUACAGAACACGAUACCUCUCCGGUUACCGAAAUAUCCAGCAUGUCUACAGCCGCAGGUAAUACCCCGCAGUCCUCUCAAGAGAUAACGGAAAAUUCAGAAGAAAAAUCGAUUUUAUAUACCAACAAAGGUAAAUUUGCGUACAAACCUAAUGAAGAAUCGGAGAGUACUACGAGACGCAUCUCUAUAUCUGAACCAAACCUUAUCAAUGAGCCGUCAUACGAGCCGAAACCAGAAAUAAUCUCAAUUUUAAGUGCCAAACAACGAACUGAAAAACCUUCAGAAGCAACUCAUACUUCAGAAAGCGAAACUCCAACGACUGAGAUAAGUGAUUGGCUGGAAUAUCAUAAUUUAGGUAAAUCUGACGAACAUAACCAAACUGAUUUCGAAGAGCUCCUUAAUAACAAUGUGAACAAAAUUAUGCACGAAUCAGAACAGAGGUCAUUUAAAGGAUUUGAUGAUGAUUUCUUAUAUGAAACAACUACUGCGAUCAACACAAAGUCACUUUUCGAAAGUGAAUCGCAAGAUGAAACCAAAAAAGAUGUGACAACCCCAAGCACAGAAAUAACGAGAAGAAUGGAAGCGGUCAGCAAAGUGACAGCCUCGAUUUUACCUGUAAGUAUCGAAAUAGAAGAAGGAGAAGUAAAUAAAAUAGAACAGACUACUACACCAAUUCCAACAACCACUGUUGAACCUGAAACAAAACAGGAAGCAGAAAAAUCUUUACCAGACGACGAAGAAACAGAACCUGAAAAGGGACCUAUGAUAACUUCUAUCCUGGAGGAAGUCAAGUCAUUAGAUACUAAUAAGUCGAUGCCAUCCGAACAAACAACAACUGCUGAACCUGAAAUUGUUACGCAAUUUUCAAUUAACAAACACUAUCAAGAAACCGAAGAAGAUAAAAUAAUAAAAGUAUUGGAGAACAAACCGAAUAAUAACGAAACUGCAACUGAACGCGAACGUGAACGGGAACCUGAAGAAGGUAUGGAUAUAACUUUCGAUGCCAUAAACAUGCUUUACAAUCGUUCCUCUAAGUCUAUUGAAAAACCACCCGUGAGAUCGGACAAUACUACUCAAGGUAUUCCUGCUACAACUGAAGAAAUUGAGGCCGGUGAGUCUACAGUAUCAGCUUCUACUGACUCUGAUUGGCUAUCAGAAGCAGUGACAGAAAUAAACUACAAUGAGGCUAUGAACAAAAUGGCUAAAAAUGAACCCACAGAACCCAUUAUUCACAAAGUUGAUGAAAUAAUGAACCACGGUCUAGUAAAGGCUGACGAUUUUGAACCGGAUUACUUAAACAAUAUGGGAUCAACAGGAAACAAGCAAGAAUCAGACGAACCUUUGUAUGGAAUGGCACACGAUUACGAUAAUGAAGAUUCACGUUUUAAAAGAGUAAAUAAAGAAGCUACAACUGAAACAACAAAAAUAGUUGCCACGGAAGCAACUAGUGAGCCGGCUGAUAUGAAAGAAAAUAAGUCUGAAGUACCUGCAACCACUAAUGUGCCCAUUGAAACUACUACAGUCACAGAAUAUAUUUACAAAGUCGCUGAAAAGUCCAUUAACAUUCCCCAAGUUACUGCAAUGAAUAAUAAUGAAACUGUAGCCGAUAACUCAAAUUCUGACGUUACUACUGUAACAAAAGAAACAAAUUAUGAAACCACUACAGUUAAAAAUGUCGAGACAGAAAAACCUAUGGAUGCUGUACCUGCACCCGUGUGGGAAGAGUCAGAUGCUGAUAAGUAUUUGACUGUCCAAGAAUUACCAAAAAAGAUGGAACAACCUGUAUUUGAGCACCCAGUCAUGAUUGAUGAAGUAGUCAUGCCAUCUGUCGUUGAUACACCUACCACAAUCGCGCCUAUGGAUGUAUUCAUCACGAAUUCUACAAUAAUUGAACCCGAAAAUAAUUCCGAAACUUCGACAAAUACAACACAGUUAAAUAAUCUCAAUGUAAAUAUAUACGAAAUACCAAGCCAUAAUGGUAAUAAUUCAAUGCACUCGGCGAAAUCUGCGAAUGCUCAAUCAGCGGAGUAUGACGAUCACGAAACAGAAAUGAAUCCUUUCUUACCUGAGGUCGAAAACAACAAGAGUUUAGUUAAAAAACUUCAAGAAGGUCAUGAUCUUGAACCGAACAAUCUUACAGAGACUCAAAACGAAAACACGGAAGAACAUGUCUCAAGUCCUUCGGAAGGAACAUCUAAUAAGGACUCUUUAGCAGUAAUAGGCAAAGAAGUUGAGGCAAACAUUAAAAAUCAAGAAGUAGUAAGUUCAACACCAGUGGCAGAAGAGGAUACUUCAUUUAAUGAAUUGCUUUUGCACGUGAAUUCUCAUGAAAACAAAACAAAUGUCACCCAGCCCAUGAAUAUAACAGAUAAUGAUGCUGCUACAACUACAGCGAUAAUAGACCAAAUGACCAGUGAGGUGAAAAUAUCUAAACCCAAGGAAAGUGACCCACUACCUGUCUCCACAUUCCUAUUGGACACUGAUGAUCUAGUUACUAAAAGAGAAUCCACUACACCCGCAAAUAACAUCGACAUAGAUGUUGAAUCCGCAAGCCCUACUACGUCUGCGCCCGCAGCCAACAACGAAGGGGACCUCAGCGUGGUACCCAUCGAAGAAGAAAAAGAUUUGCUGAAACAGCACAAAAGUGAAAACAUUGAAGAGCUCAAUGACAUAAGUGAUUUGCCAAAAAGUGAUAAGAGGACACUAGAUGAUUCAGAAAUUAAUAAUGAAGCGUAG